AUGCAUGAAGUAUUCCUGGAAAGUAUAAUCCUGCAGGAAGAUCUUGAGAAAACUGUUCAGGUUCUCCAGGGAUACUGCAACAUGGCUCCUGCUAAUCUACUUCGUCGAAAGACUUAUUGGCAGGGCCCCAAAAUACGAAAUCCAAAGGGGCUGAACUUAGAACAUGAUAUUGUAAAGCUUGCAGCGCCGGCCAAAAAACUACUGUGGAAGAGCUUACACGAAUACUUGAGCAAGCAAUCAUAUGUCUUAACAGUGACCUACAAUAUAGAUUCCGAAACCCAUGCAGGUAAGGAUAGUGAGGGUGAUGAAUGUCCGAUAAACCUUGAUGAGCUUCCAGGUACUCUUCGUUGGACUGAUGUUCCCGAACCCGGCGUCAACAAAUUAGUUUACAGUCGUCUCUUCAUAACUAUUGAAGAUGAAACGAACCUUUGUGAAGUACUGAAUUCGAGCAACUACAGAAUGGCCUGUGAGAUAGUUGAAGAAGUUCAACGGUUUGUCCACGACCAUGUCAUGUUUGAAUUAUAUCGAAUUUCACUACUUCCCCUGGGGAAUGAACAUAGUCGGAUCAAAAUUCCACCCUUUCAUGAUCUAACUCUUUUCGAUUCUGAGGAUAAGUGGAUCCUCAGGGCCAAUGUGGUAGUUCUGGACGGCAUGGAUCAAGCUCAAAUGACGGAAGGAGUAAAGUUAAUGGCUAAGAUCAAGUCUGAUUUCGAAGGCUUUAUCGAUUUUGGUUUAAGGGAUAGACUUAUUCAUGACACUAGAAUUAAGUUUUGA